AUGCCCCACCAAGAACAAGUGAUGGCUCACGGGAACCUCUGCUCCCCGGGUCCUCCAAACAACGGCGGGUAUAACAGCAACCCGGUUCCAGUCAUCGUUCAGACAGAAUCCCGGGACAAAUGGACGAAAAAAAUGGAUUUCCUUUUAUCUGUCAUUGGGUUCGCGGUGGACCUCGGAAAUGUGUGGAGAUUUCCAUAUAUCUGUUAUCAAAACGGGGGUGGGGCUUUUCUUAUUCCCUAUGUCCUGAUGGCUGUAUUUGGUGGAGUGCCACUUUUCUACAUGGAGUUAGCUCUGGGUCAGUUCCACAGAACAGGUGCCAUUUCCAUAUGGAAACAUAUUUGCCCUAUGUUUAAAGGCAUUGGUUUCGCCAUCUGUAUCAUUGCUUUGUACGUGUCUUUCUACUACAACACCAUCAUCGCCUGGGCUCUGUUCUACCUCUACUCCUCCUUCAGUAGCACUCUGCCCUGGACUAACUGUGAUAAUGACUGGAACACAGAAAACUGCACUAACUACUUUGGAAAAGACAAUGUGACCUGGACAAACUAUUCACGUUCACCGGCAGAGGAGUUUUAUACGAGGAAAGUUCUGGCAGUCCAUGAAUCAUCUGGGCUUGAGGAUAUAGGAUACAUUCGCUGGCAACUCUGCCUCUGCCUCUUCCUCAUCUUCACCAUCGUCUACUUCACUCUUUGGAAAGGAGUCAAGACUUCAGGAAAGGUAGUAUGGGUGACUGCCACCCUGCCGUACGUGGUGUUGUUGAUUCUGAUGGUCCGUGGAGCCACUCUGCCUGGAGCAUGGAAAGGAGUGGUGUUCUACCUCAACCCCAAAUGGGAAAAACUGAAGGAGACCAGUGUAUGGGUGGAUGCAGCAGCACAGAUCUUUUUCUCUCUUGGUCCUGGGUUUGGGGUGCUGCUCGCCCUGUCCAGCUACAAUCCCUUCAACAAUAACUGUUACAGAGAUGCCAUUAUAACCAGCCUGGUGAACUGCACGACCAGUUUUGUGUCAGGGUUUGCUAUUUUUACUGUCCUGGGAUAUAUGGCUGAACAGAGAAAUGUAAAUGUUGAAGACGUAGCCAGGGACAAAGGACCCAGUCUACUCUUCAUCACAUAUCCAGAAGCCAUUGCAAAUAUGGUUGGGUCGACUUUCUUUGCAAUCAUCUUCUUUGUGAUGAUGAUUACUCUAGGACUGGACAGCACUUUUGGUGGGUUAGAGGCCAUAAUCACAGCUGUAAUGGAUGAGUUCCCAGAUACCCUCUCCCAUCGGAGAGAGCUGUUUGUUCUUGGACUGGUGGUUGUUUGUUUUCUGGGCUCUCUCAGCACCCUUACUAAAGGUGGUGCAUAUGUGGUGAAGUUACUUGAAGAAUUUGGAGUUGGUUCUUCUAUUAUAGCUAUAGUCUUUCUAGAGGCCACUGCUGUCUCCUGGUUUUAUGGUAUUAACAGAUUCAGCAAUGACGUUAAAGCAAUGUUGGGCUAUACUCCAGGACUGUUCUGGAGAGGGUGUUGGGUUGCCAUCAGCCCGGCAUUUCUGGCUUACAUUAUCAUCAGCUCGCUGUUGAAUCCCCAACCCCUUACGCUAUUCGACUAUGAGUUCCCAGACUGGAGCAUGAAGGUGGGUUACAUCAUCGCAGCUUCCUCCUUCAUAUGGAUCCCCGUAUAUAUGGUGUACAAGUUCGUAUGGACCCCAGGCUCUCUUAAACAGCGCCUUGCUGUUUGUCUGCGACCAGAGAGAACAUUGCCAGACACCCACCCUGACAGUAUGGGUCUAAGUCCUGUACCCUAGACCUGCUCCCAGCCACCAAGACCAAAACAACUAAAUGCAACUCAAGCAAAUGG